AUGGCCAAAGCUUCCCAUACAUUGCAAAAAGGUGCUGUCGUCCAGCACACCGCCAAAGCCCAUGACCUGAAAGGUCAACUGCCUGAAGGGAGCAUGGAAUCUUUGGCAACAACCAUUCGUUUCGUGACGCUGAACUGCCGAACACUAUCGAGUGAACUCCAACAAGCCGCUCUAUCCAGACUUCUGCGAUAUCUCUGUGUGCCUUUUGCUGCACUGCAGGAAACACGCAUGAGAGAUCGGCCCGUCAUCAGCAUCGAAAAUUACACCAUAUACUGCGGCGAUGCUGAUGAGAACAAAGUAGGUGGCUGCGCGAUAGCUGUGAGGAACGAUUACAAGAACCUGGUGGAGGAAUUUGGCUCAACGUCGUCUAGAUGCGCCUUUAUACGACUGCGGGAUCGCGGAGGACGUAAACUCUGGAUCGUAAGUGCUCACGCACCUACGGAAAGCGCUGAGGACAACAGUAAGGACGCCUUCUAUGAUGAACUCAAUGCGUUGAUGUCUAAAAUACCAAGCCAGCAGGUGGUCAUUGUCGGAAUCGACGCAAAUGCAAAGAUGGGACUCGAACAGCAAUCCGAUGUGCUAGGAAAAUGGUACUAUGCAGCGGAGCGCACGUCGGACAACGGUGACCGUCUGGUCGACUUGUCCGAACAGACGGGCCUCAUCAUCGCUUCCACGUUUAAGAGGAAUCAUCGACGCCAUCAGCUCACGUGGCAGGGGUCAACCCUUUUAACGCCUGAAGAGCAGCGCAAGCGGAAGAUGAGGACUCUUAAACUUCAGCUCGACUACGUUCUGGCGAGGAACAUUCCUCAGUCAGAUAUCCGAAAAUCUAGAGCUGUUUGGGACGUCGCGUUCGACUCUGACCACCGUCCAGUUCUUCUCAGCUUCAAGAUACGGUUUCACAAGAGAAACCGAGGAGUUCCUCCUCAACCGAAAAUCGACAUGGCAGGUCUGAAAGACGAUGAAUGCAGAAGAAAAUUCCGCAAACGUGUGUCUAUUCAUGUUGGAGUACGGACCAGGAAGAAGCUUAGCGAUGCGGAUUCCUUCACAAAGUGCGGAAGUUCCAGGACGCUGCAAGGGAAACGCUCCCGGUUCUAUUGCCGCGGAAGAAGUUUGCCUUUGCAUCUGCGAAAACAAAAUCCACAUACAAUUCCGUAUGUGUCGCGCGCAGCGCUGGUGACUUCAACCAGGAAAAGCGUCUUAGAAGGAAGCUGCGUCGUCAACUGCAACAAGACCGCGAUAACGAGUGGACGUCAAGAGCGAUGGAGUUUGAGAAGGCGUGGGAGGACAGGAACUCGCGGAAAGCCUACGCUCUACUAA